AUGUUCAAAGAACUAAUUUUGUUGCUGUCAUUAAUCGUCCAUAACUCAAAUGCACAGCUUAAAAAGUGCUGUCCAAUUGGUGAAACAGUUCAGAUUAGGUCCUUUAUGGACAAUGAUUUAUCCUCACAUCCAAUUUAUCGGUGCGUGAAAAGUUUUAGUAGUGAUAUAAUAAAUAACAGCACAGAUGAUUACGACGAAGAAUCUUUAUUAGAACCAAAAAUUAAUACGAAUUCACAGGAACGUGAAUUUAUUGCCUUUAAUACACUUGCUGAUAAUCAUUCACAUUGGCCAUCAUGUAGAGCGGCUGUGCUGUCAAAAAAUAAACUUAAUGAGCCGAUGAAAGUUAGUGCUGGCGCAAGCUGUGUUGAUUUACUGGAUAAUUCCUAUUAUGUUUUUACAUGUGAUGAAAAUAUUGAAAUGACAAGAGACAGACUGGACGUUUAUAAGCUCAGAAAGUGCUGUCCAUAUGAUAUGUCUUAUGAUAUAUUCACAAGAAUGUGUGUAGUAAAUAAUUCUAGUGACCUUAAUGAAAAUUUUCGUGACAUUCUUUUUGAGCGAGUCGUUCUCUUUGAGCAUGAUAAGAUAAAAUGUGAUGAGGGUGACGUACUUGUUGAAUAUCAUUCGAAUGUACAUGAUUUGAAAAUGUUUGAGGGUUCUCUUGUGAUAACAAAUUAUGAAGGCUAUGGACCUGAAGUGUUUAAUAGGAAAUAUUAUUGCAUUGAAAGUACAUUAAAUUCUGAGAUUGAGCAGCCGUCUGCCAUGACUAGUCAGCAUUUUGAAAAGAGAGCUUCAUCAAAAUGGAUCGCAAAAGUUUGCAGGAAUAAAGAAGUUUGUAAAGAAAUUCCUUGUGUUAAAAAGUGCUGCAAACUUGGCGAACGAAUGGUUUUCACUAAUUCAUCCUCAUUAUGUGAGGAACAUGAGCAAGGGAUUGAUGUUCAAUUCUAUUCCUUCUCAAUGCAUCAGAAUCAACUGACGAUGGAUCAAAUGGAACCGAGAGAAUACGGUAUCUUGAUGCCCCGGUAUUGUGAAAAAUUUAAAUUGGAACCUGAUGAGCUACACUACAUAUCCGGGAUCGAUGGAAGUCUUUAUUAUGAUUAUGAGAAGAAGUUUUAUCCCAACGAGGAAUUUUGUGUUGAUUACUUUUAUGAUCAGAGCUUGGAUGAGACUGAGGAUAAUUUGGUUAUGACAUCAUUUGUGUGCUUCGACGAUGAGGAACAAAAUCGUCAGACAAUUAAGUUUCAUAUUUACGCGACCCUUUUAGCGAUUUCUGCUUUGUUUUUGGGUAUCACGUUUCUCGUUUACAUAUUUUUGCCUAAGCUUUUAAAUUUGCAUGGCAAGACUGUUGUUUGUCAUGUGUUAAGCCUCUUCAUUGGAUAUGCUUUUCUAUCAGGCGUUCAAUUUUCGACGACAGUAAAAUAUGAAAAUUGUGUACUGAUUGCAUUCAUUAUUUAUUUUGGACUCUUAUCAGCGUUCUCAUGGUUAAAUAUUAUGUGCCUUGACAUCUACUGGACAUUUGGAUCCGUUCGAGCAUCACAGGGCAUUCGAAGAACAAAGGAAAUGAAGCGAUUCGUGUAUUACUCACUUUACGCUUGGGGCUUUCCAUUUCUGAUGACGAUAUUUACAUCUAUGAUGAAUAUUUACGAUGUUUUGCCGGAGAAAUUUAAGCCAAAAAUUGGAGUCACAAAAUGCUGGUUUGAGGAACAAUCAUCACCAGGACAUCUGAUUUUCUUCUUACUUCCUAUUGGAAUUCAAAUAUCCAUAAAUUUUAUUCUCUUCAUUCUCACUGCCAUCCAUUGCAAUCGCAUUAAAGCAGAAAUUCAUCGUAUGCAAAGUUGUGAUAAUAGCGAUCAACAGAAGAAGAAAAUUUUUGUUGCUGACAAAGCAAUAUUUAUGAUGAACGUAAAAUUGUUUUGUGUGAUGGGAGUCUCAUGGUUCCUAGAAAUUGUAGCCACAGUCUACAAACAAAAUUCAUUGUGGUGGAGCAUCUCAGAUACUUUCAAUUGUCUUCAAGGUGUCUUAGUAUUUCUCAUUUUCGUCUUCAAAAAGAAAGUGCUUGUGGCAUUCCGUAAGAAAUUAGGCGUCCGCUUGCGGGGCUUAGGUUUACAGCCAAGAGCGACUGGUUCAACAACUUUAUCAACAUUAGAUCUCAAUUCAACAUCGAUGAAUAGACAAAAUGGAAAAAUGACAAAGAGUUAUAGCGGCACGAGGUUGACAAGCAACGUCAACUCCAUCAAGCAUUAA